GGGGAUGCGACAAGGGCAACAUGCGACUUUCUUAACCCAGCACAGUACCUGGACCACACCACUGACUUAACUAUCAACGCACCAAAUAGUAACAUACAGUACUGUUCACUCUAAUGUAUACUGUCUAAUCAAGUUUUCUUCUGCGCCAUCUGUUGAAGUCAGCUCCUCCUCACCAUGCCUUCGCGGUCGCCUUCAAGAGGCCGGUCGCGCACGCGCUCUCACACUCCCACCUCAGUCCAACGAGCACUAUCACCAAAGCACGACCAGUCCCGGUCGCCUCGACGAUCUCCAUCACCACGAUCUCGCUCACGGUCAUACUCAAAGUCACCACCUCGUCGAGACGGACCUAAUGGCCACGGCCGAGGGAGAAGUUACAGCCGCCACAUAUCCCGGAGCAGAAGUCCAAGUCGCGGUGACAGAAGAUCGUACCGGGAUCGCAGUCACACCCGCAGUCCCAGCAGAGAUGGUCGACGAGUCCAGAGUUCCAAGAUUGUCGUGGAGAAACUCACAAAGAAUGUGACUGAAGCCCACCUCCGCGAGAUCUUUGGGUCGUACGGUCGCAUCGAAUCGAUUGACCUUCCACUCAACAAACAAUUCAUGACAAAUCGCGGGACAGCAUACAUCCUCUACGACCGCCCCUCGGGUUCAGAAGCGGCUAUUGCCCACAUGCACGAGGCGCAGCUAGAUGGGAUGGUCAUUUCAGUCAGCAUUGUUCUACCUCGACGCGCCUUUUCACGUUCACCUCCUCCUGUCAGGUCUUCCAGACAGGGUCCACCAGCGAGCCGUUACGGCCCGCCUUCAAGGGGUGGUGGUGGUGGUCCGCCAGGCAGAUAUAGAAGUCCACCUCCCAGAAGAGGCGGGUUCGGAGCGGGAAGAAGAGGCGGAGAUGACAAUACAUAUGUCCCGCGUGCAGGAUAUUCCAGGUCACCUUCACCACCUAGGCGGAGGCGGCGGUCGGGUUCCUACUCCAGAUCACCAUCGAGGUCUCCACCAAGGCGACGAGGUCCACCUGUACGAAGCCCACCACGAAGGAGAAGACGAAGCCCCAGCUACAGUUCCCGGAGUAGCUAUAGCCGAAGCAGAAGCAAGUCUAGAAGCCGCUCUCGGAGCAGACCUCGAUAUGGUGGUAGGAGAUGACACGAGAACAAUAGCGAUUCACUCAGCAGAGUUCUCGUUCAUCAAUGUGGACGAUGGCGCAAGAGCGCUUCAGAGAGUCAAGAGCUUCGGGUGACACCAUCAGGAAGGUCACCCGUGGCAUGAUAGGGGCCUACCAGGUAUGCUGUCUGGAAUCAUGGAAAAUCGAAAGGGUCAGCAGGACCAACUCUAUUCUGGGGAGGCUUAAUCACAGGCAUCAGGUGCACCAUGUGAGUGCAUACAAAGGGCAUGCCCUUUACGCCAAUGAACUGCCGUGAAGCCAUGGUAAACAAGUCAAUCCCUUUGGCCCCCACCGAAUGCGGAUCAGAUAGAAGCUAGACAUGUUUGUCCAUCAACCCCAUUUGAAUUCAGCACCAUCUCUUCUAGAGGCGAAAUCUGAGAACUACAAGUCGC